GCCUCGGCGCGGCCCGAGUGCGCAGCGGCCGCUCCGCCCCGCAGUGCGCGGCGGCGGCGCAGCCAUGUGGGUGUUCGGCUACGGCUCCCUCAUCUGGAAGGUGGACUUCCCCUACGAGGAGAAGAUGGUGGGCUGCAUCCCGGGCUACAGCCGCCGCUUCUGGCAGGGCAGCACCGACCACCGCGGGGUGCCGGGCAAGCCUGGAAGAGUUGUGACCCUUGUUGAAGACCCUGAGGAGUGUGUUUGGGGUGUUGCUUAUAGAUUGCCAGCUGGACAAGAAUGUGAAGUAAAGGCGUAUCUGGACUUCAGAGAGAAAGGAGGCUACAGGACUACAACUGUCAAUUUCUAUCCAAAAGACACAUCAAUGGCACCAUUUGAUGUAUUGUUAUAUAUUGGAUCCUGUGAUAACCCUAAUUACCUUGGUCCAGCACCUCUAGAAGAAAUUGCUAAACAGAUUUUUAAUGCAGUUGGUCCUAGUGGAAGAAACACAGAAUACCUGUUUGAACUUGCUAAUUCUAUUAGAAAUCUUGUACCAGAAGAUGUAGAUGAGCAUCUCUUCUCCUUAGAAAAACUAGUAAAGGAACUCUUGGAAAAACAUCAAAACCUAAAUUGCAUAUAAAAAAGAUUGUCAACUUUUAUGAUCUUGUUUCAUCUUAAAAAUGGCUUUGUUACACAAUGGGUAAAUGACUUGGAAGCUAAUUUAUCUGUACGCUAUCUUAUUUAAUACUGCAUUCAAAACACAGUAGCUAAGACUCAUUAGAACAAAUCAUUAUAAAGAAAUCAUUCUUCCAAGACUCUCUAGAAAAGGGGAGCAGGUUUUAGGUUUGAAUUUGGUAUAUUAGCUUCUUAUCCAAAGAUCACAACUUUCAUUAUAAAAAAAAAAGGGGGGGGGGGAAAUCACUUUAGCCACCCUUUCUUUGAAGAUUUUUGAUUUUGGGUUUGCAAAAAGCUUUAAAUUAUUUUUAAGAUCGAAGGCUGCAUUCAGAUGUAACUCCCACUGAUUUAAGUGAUAGGUUUUUUUCUGAUUUGAGAACACAGGAUUGGAACUCAGUGCAGCUAAAAAGAUAAAUGUUAGGUAUUUAUUGUGAACUGCAUAGUAAAUGCACCACUUCUAUGAUACCAAGAUUCAACUCCAUUGAAAUUAAGUUAUUCCAUUGAACUAGUAGUCGUACCUUUUGCAUGUUACUUUUCCUUAGAAGCAGAGGACACACUUCUAUUGUCAAGGAAAUAAUACUUUUCCUUGGCUAAUUAUUUCAAGCCCCUGAAAAAUCAAAGCACAAGGCACUUUGAUGUAAAUAAGCCAUAUCAUAUGGGUGCCUCAUUUUAAGAUUAAUAUAAAAAAAUAAAGCUAAAAUGUUAAAAUAACUAAGGAUAUGACUUGAAUGCACAAUACAGCACAAAUGUUCUGAAAUUCUCAUCUUUGCUAUUUGCCUUUGGAUGCUGUUGUAACCUCUUUAAAAGAUCAGCCAAUCUUUUAGGACAGAUUUGAAGUCAAUUUUCAACCAUCUUCUAGGGAUUCACAGACAAAAAGGUAAUUAAGAAAGGAAUUCUAUUUUCAGUAGACUUGUGUGUGUUGUAUGGACAUACAAUCAAAUAAGGUUUGAAAGACACCAACUUAGGCUAGUAGGUUUCCUUUGAGUAAAUGGGGUUUUCAUCCCAACAAAAACUUUUCUUGCCUCUCAAAAUUUAAAGUUAUUUUUAAAAGUUAAUUUAACCCUUAGCAACCCCUAUUUUUUUGUAUGUUAACAUAGGAAAAGUCCUAUUUCAAAUAUCGCAUAGUAUCACAUUUUCUCAAACAGAAAAAGUGUAUGUAUUCUGUUGUAGCUUGCAAGCCUACAUUCUGCAUCAGUAACUGCAAAAACCAAAUGUUUACUACACAGGUUGUCCCUUUUUCGACUUUACAUCUUACUGUUUUGUAUUCGUAAUUGCUUGAAAAUAUCAGGAUCAUCAACAUAACACACUUAUGAUUUUACUUGGCCAUCUAAAAAAGCCAACAGAACAUAAAUGAAUGUUACAGAGAAAUAUCUGAAAAAGGCACCCAAAUGAGUAGAUUGUGGGAUAUUAAAAUUUAAGUGUAAAUUAUAGAUAACUUGACUGCUGAAAAUAUUUAGCCAAAAAACACUUUCAGACUAUUUUAACAAUUUUAAUUUUAGGGCACUUCUGGCAUCUCUUAAGCAUGCAUUCAUUGAGAAAAAUAGUCCUUUUUAGAAACUACUGAUUAAAAUUAAUGGUUUAAUGUCGCUAUUUUAAGAGCACGUGAUAAGAGUAUCACUUGAUGAUCUAGUCUAAACUGCAGAAGCAAAUCUUCAUAUUAGUGAAAUCAUAUGUACUGAGGCCCCAUUUUUCCAUUAGUACACAUCAAGUUUCUUGUAAACUAAUGGAAUAGCCUUCAGGCUUCAAAGGUCUUGAUUUUCCACUAAGACAUGUGUAAGAUGGACAUAACUGAGUAGAAAAACAAUCUCAACAAAUUUAGCUGUACAGCAGGACAGAAACACGAUCAGAAUAUUCAUGUUUCUAUAGAUAAGACUAUGUAUGUUUCUAUAGAUUGAAGAUGUAGAUCUUCAGUCAUUAAGAUGAGUGAAAAGGGAAUUAGAGUGAGCUCACACAGAUGAUUUACAGUGAUAGUCAGCACCCAAAUAAACAUUAAUAUAAGCAUGUUCCAUUACACACACAUUUAUUCCCCUUGACUUAAAUGGUAGUUCUUAAGUGUUUAUUAGAUACUUAACUGCCAAAAAAUGUUAUGAUUUCCUUCAAGAACAUUUAAAUGUUGCAAAGAAAUACCAACAUUUCUCCCUUAAAAAUAUAAGUAUAUAUAUAAAAAAGAAUUACAUAUAUAAAAUCUCCUUUUUUCUGCUUACCUCAAGUUUAAGCAAGCUGUAGUAAAGUUAAAUCAUGUCAAAUGGACAUGUCCAGUCUAUACAUUAUUUUUUAAUUCUUUCUUCAAAGGCUUAUCCUGUUCCUUAAGAGAGGGCAGAAGAUGCAUAAACUCACUAUUGAUCCAAAAAACAGUGAUGAUUCUCACUUUAAAUCUAUAUUUAAGCUCUGAAUUUUGUAUCUUUAAUCAUAUUCAGAACAUUGUGGGUUUAUUUGAUUCCAGAUUCAUAAAACUUGCAAUAAUAUCUGUCAUGAUACAUUCCAGUCUGUGCACAGAACUUCAAUAAAAACGUCUCACAUUAAUGGUGUUAAAA